AUGCUAAAAUUAUCAAUUGUGUUGGCUGAACCCCAUUUCUACAUUGUUCCUAAAACAGUGAUCCCAAAAUUAGCUCAUUUUGAUAAAACAAUUGUCAUGUUUUCCGAAUUCGCAAAAAGCACAUUAUCGCGGCGUGGUGAUUCCUCUAUAAAUUCAAAUCCUUCGGUAUUUUUUUCCGUGUCUUCGGUUGCUAUAGAUGCUGAUCCUCAAGAAGCAAUACCUUUGCAAGAAUCACGGGAGUUUAGUAAUGUUGACUAUCAAGACGAUUAUCAAGAAACAGAGCAUACAUUGCCCAUUUUGUCACAACCGCCUCCCUAUAAUACUCAAAUGCCAGCCUCCAUUUAUCUUGAUGAACAACCUCCUUUAAACAAUAGAAGAAACUCAUUAUCUGAAGGAUUGCUUUCAUCAACCUCUCUACCCCCUCCAUUAGUCUCUACUUCAAAGCAAACCUAUAAAGAUUCUCCUUUCGCAAUUUUAUUCUUGGCUGGUAUUUUCGUUAUAAUGUUCAGUGGCAUAAUAUUGCUUUUUAAGACUAAAUCCCUAUCAUGGGAUGAUUAUGCAAAGGCAAAAAUUUUUUCUGUGAUUUACAAUAGCAUGGACAUGAAUUCUCGCACAUAUUCGUUUAUAACAUUUUACAUUUUUAUGUAUUUAUGGGCAUCUGAGGUGUUUAGUAAUAUCCAAAGGGUAACUUUAGCUGGUGUUGUUUCAAAUUGGUAUUUUCACCGGCAUGUCUCUGAACGUUUCAAUGGCAAAAUGAUUACCAAAUUGGCGCUUAUCAGAGCAACAACAACAUCAUUUGGAACAGUAUGCUUUGGAGCUUUAAUACUUUCGACAAUACAAACUAUACAAUAUGUUUAUACUCAACUUAAGAAGCGAUCUAGAGGCCGCUUGAGUGAUAUUUUUUACUGUGUUACUGUAUGUCUCCAUUGCAUUGAAGCAUUAAUUGAAAACCUUAACAAUUAUGCGUUGAUUUAUGCUGGUAUAUCUGGUCAUAAUUUUUGUACAUCUGCUAAGUUCACGACAAAAGUAUUUCGUAGAAACUUAAUAUCUGGCUUAUUCGCCGACGUUUAUACAAAAUUUAUCUUAUCAGUCGGAUCCUUGGUUAUAUCUUUAAUAUCUGGUAUCAUUACAUUUGCAUACGCUACUCAUUCGCUUGAAUCUCCUUAUGGAUAUGUAGUUGCGAUUAUAGCCUUUUUAAUACCAUAUUACACUUCAAAAUUUUAUGCUGGUAUCAUGUCGAAUACGAUUGAUGCACUUUUUCUGUGUUAUGCUCUUGAUCAAGACAACGACACGAAUCAUUGUCAUCUGGCUCAUAAAACAUUUAAACCAUUUGAAUAA